ACCACAUUUUCCCCUGUCAAUGCGUCAUCAGAUUCAUGGCUUCCUUCCAGGACUCCACUGACGUGACCACAGCGUUUGUACGGUAGCUGAGGAGAAGGGCAGCAUGUUUGAGCUGAAGUUGUUACAACUGUUUGAAUGGGGAAAGGAAGAGGUCUCCUUGCAACAGAAGAAGGGGAUACGGGGCGACGCUGCAGAAUCAGGCAAGGGGACCUGAUUGGGAGACCUGGAGGUUACGCAGGCGUAGUUUGAGGGGUUUUCAUGAGCUGGGUCCAAUGUGAAAUACAUGAAAGAUUAUUGGCACCUCACACAUAAGAGCUGAUUAGCUAGCUGGCCCAGUAAAUGAUGAAAACAUAAGCCGUCUGGCUUUGACUGGAGACUUGCUAUUGAUGUUGGAUUGAGCUGAGGAAUUUGGUUUGAACAACUACCGACACGCGAGCGCAGCAAUAGCUGAAGACCCCACUUAGACUCCCCGCGCAGAAUGGGUUGUGCGUCCUCAAGGGAAGCAUCAGGGGAGCCAAUCAAACAAAUCAGCGGCCCCAUUGCCGUUGUCAAGCAGACGCCAACUUUCAAGGCCGUGCAACACGAGCACGCUGAUGUCACCGCUGACUCAGCGAGGGCGGCCGCUGGUUCUGUGCGGUCCUCCCCUGAGGCCUCCGGUUCGGACGACACUGUGAGCAUUCACACCAAGGAGUAUGCGGGGCAAGAUGCAGGCGUUAAGAAGCCCCUGUCGGCACCACUGACAGUUGAGAUCACCCCAGCAGGGGAGGAUGUGACAGCUGUCAGGGACCCGAGGAAAGGAUACUCUGGCCUGCUCCCUGGGGGUGAACUUCCCCCAUUGCAGACCCCCCCAACCGGAAGGCCACUCAGGCGGCCAACAAGGUCACUUUCCCUGGAGCCAACCAAAGCCUCACAACUAGAGGGUGACGCUUUGAGGGCCGCAAUCGAGAGACCCUCUGGAGCGCUUUUUUCCGCCAUGCCCCCUUCUCUGGCUGUUGGUAAAUGCGGCACGGUCAGCUUCUCCAAUCCCCUGAAAGGCGAACUUGCGGGCAACCGAAUCACCUUCGAAAACCCCCAGGCCCGCCGGACAUCCCUCUCGGGAAACGAGGGUUCACCCAGGGUUAGCGCCAAAACCCAGUCCUAUGUCGCAAGCUGGUUAGCGGCGCUAAACCUCUCCCAAUACGCAGCUGCGUUUGAGUUAGCGGGGUACGAUGAGUCUGACACCCUGGCAAACUUGUCCCCUGCCGACUUAACCCAAAUCGAAACCUUUGCCGGUAUCAGCAUCCUUCCCGGGCACAAGAAGCGGUUAGUGCUUGCCAGUGCGCGCCCGGUUAGCGCUAACCAGUCUGCACCGGUCUCGCCUUACCUGACGCGGACGCCGGAAGCGGCCAGGUUGAUGUCAAGGUCGCCCGACACAGACACCUGUGGAGAACUUGACACUUUAUCAAGCCGAGCGACAGAGUCACUGACUUCUAGCCCCGCUUCCGUUUUGCCUACUCUAGUCCUCCCCCGAAGUUUGCUUGAGGCCAGAAAGGGGGGCCAUUUGGCGCGUACCCAUCUCCCAGAAGGGAGUCCAGCCCACCCCUCUUUUGAGGGAGAAGAUCGGCGCAGCUCCUGGGGGGGGGCGCAAGAAAGUGGCUUGAGGGGGGGGGGAUCCGGGGAGCACGUUUUGGUGGAGGGGGAACGCUUCAAAAGGGGCCCUCAGAGGCGGACGCUUAGGAACGCUCGGCGAUCGCCCCGGCACAUAAUACGAUUGAAGGCGGGGGGGCCUUGGGGGGCGGAUUCUGCCUCCGAAACGGAGGGGGUAAAAGGGAGGGGGUUGACCUUCCAAAAUGUGGCGGCAAUGGAGGGGUCGCCUAUGAGUGUCGAGAGGAGGGCAGAGUUGAGACAAUUGAAAGCGCAACUGCAAGCCAAGGUGGAGGAACUACGCUUGGCACAGACGAAGGAUAACUACGCAGCUCUCAGUCCGCAGCCCCUGACCUCGUCUGCGGAGAGCAGGCUUCAAAAGUUGGACAGCGCAAUCCGGCGGCAAGAUCCGGCACAGGUCGCGGCAACUACAACAUGACACAUUGACGACUCGGAUUUCCGACCAAAUAGAGAACCUGCUCUUACUUGGUCGAAGCCAAAGCGUCGUUUUCUAUUGUAUAAUUCAUCAGCAGCUGGUUCUAAUAAAUCAAAGGGCAGACCAUGGUGAACCAUCGAGACUUCCAGCCGAGUGAGGUGCAAUCUGAAGGGAAUGAGAACACGGUUUUGUUUUGAUAGAUAGAUGGCUCUGCUGACAAGAACACGCAUAAUUGUCCUUAACGAGUCCAAAACACUGAGGCCUGAAAAACGGCAAAAACAGUUCGAUGAACUCCUUCGUGUUGUGCAAGAUAGCUAGAAUAUAUGGCUUUUGGAACCAGCCUCGGACUCACAGAUCUGGCGGAAGGGGAUAUUCUCGUCAGUGAUGAUUUAGAGUAGGCUUUUGAGCUGGUCGGCAAUUAAUUGGGACAAGAAAAGCGUAUGGAUACCUAGACACGGUUGUGCAUUGGAAGACCCUCGUUAUGUUUCAGGUUUUUGUGCUUGCGCUUGAUAAUACGUUGGCGUAGGGCUGAAGUUCACCCAAUAGUAUCAGGGGCGCCAUACCAGCAACCCACGGC